AUGGCCUCCACAGACUCUCAGAUCGAUCAUGCUGCCUCCCUCAAGUACUGGAACAGUGUACCAGCCACCCCUGGCAGCAUGCUCGGAGAAUUUCCUUCGGUGUCGCGCAUCGAUCUGCAAGGGUCCAAAAACUUCCUGGCCAAAGUCCGCCGUCUGAUACCAGGUGUUUCCUCAGAGGGAAAAUUCAAACAAGGUGUGGACGGUGGUGCUGGAGUGGGACGCGUGACAGAAGGCUUUCUCAGCCAUGUCUGCGAGGUUGUAGACGCGGUAGAGCCGAUAGCCAAAUUCACUCAAGUCAUGCAAGACAGCCAAUUGAAAAAAGACGGUGUGAUCGGCACCAUCUACACGCGAGGUCUGGAAUCGUGGGUCCCCGAAAAAAAAUACGACUUGAUCUGGGUGCAGUGGUGUGUGGGCCAUUUGACCGAUUCGCAACUCGUGGAUUACACCGUCCGCUGUCGCAAUGCCUUGACACAUGAUGGCUUGAUGGUGGUGAAGGAGAAUCUGUCCACUCAAACCUCCGGGCAGGAUAUGUAUGAUCCUGAGGAUAGCAGUGUGACCAGAACCGAUGCGAAGUUCAGAAAGAUCUUCGACGCUGCGGGCAUGGAAGUCAUCAAGGCCGAGCUGCAGAAGGGGUUCCCCAAAAACUUCAAUUUGAUGCCUGUGCAAUCCUAUGCUUUGCGACCUAAGGCUACGAGUACAGAGUAG